AUGGAGGAAGAAACUAUCGAUCAUCUCUUCUUCAAAUGUCAAUUUUUUCUGGCAAUCUAUCAGGAAAGUCUGAUAGUUAUUGAUAUUUUGAAUGGAAUGCAGCCAAGGCAGACCGUUCAACACUGGUUACUUCACCCUGAUCAGGGUGUUAUGUUGAAUCUAGAUGCGUGUAUAAUGUGGAACAUGUGGAAAUGUAGGAAUGAUUUGAUCUUUACUAAUAUUCAUGUCUCAAAUUCUCAAUGCAUCCAAAGAGCACUACAAGAUUUCAUAUUGUUUGACCUGCACCAGGCUUUUAACUACAGCUCCAACAUUGAUAUUAAUCAUUCCAAUGCAGUUUUGCGGGAAUUUACUCCUGCUUCUGUUAUUAAAGUCAAUGUGGAUGCUUCCUUCAACAGUGGGAAUGCUUUGGCAGCUGUGGUGGCUAUAGAUUCUUUUGGGAAUCACCUGGGAAGUGGUUCUUUUUGUUUCAAUUGCAUCUCUUUCACAGUUGCAGGGGACAAAGCUUAUGGACUCGGUAUCUAA